AAUUCUUUUGAUUUUCCAUCGCACAACGUACACUUUCUCGUUCGUACGUUGUCUUUGCUAAGCUCUAUUACAUCUUAUCUAUCUCGGUUGCCCACCGUGUUCGCCAAUCAACUUUGCUCGUGUCAUAACUUGCACCGGGGCACGAAGCACACUUGCCCAUCCGGUAUAGCAGACCAUUAAUUCUCUUUUACCAAAGUCUUAACUUUAUUUUACCGAUUCAUCAUAUUAAUCCCCUAAUUGCAACAAUGGCUCCCGUCGCUGCAACUCCUUAUGCACACAAUGGAAGUGUGAACGGCAAUGGCGUCGCCGCAGCAUCUGCUCAAUUGCCUGUUAACCCAACAGCGGCACGUCAUGAAGAAAACGAAACCGUUCGCGUCAAUUCCGCCAACGUUCAAUAUGGUCCUGAAAGUAUCACAUCUCGUUAUGAAUACUUGAACACUCAUGUUGAGACUGUCGAAAAGGAUGGCAAGAAGGAAUUCAUUGCUACACCCACAUCUGAAACUUACAUGUUCAAGACCCAAACCAAGGUCCCCAAGACUGGUUUGAUGCUUGUCGGUUUGGGUGGUAACAACGGUUCCACAAUCGCUGCCAUGGUCAUGGCCAACCGUCACAACUUGAGCUGGCACACCAAGGAAGGUGUUCAAAACGCCAACUACUACGGCUCAGUUGUCCGUGCUUCCACAAUUCGUUUGGGUAUGGACACCAAGACUGGUAAGGAUGUCAAUGUUCCUUUCAGCAACGUCUUGCCAAUGGUUCACCCCAAUGACUUUGUCUUGGGCGGUUGGGACAUUAGCAGCAUGCCUUUGGACGAUGCAAUGGUCCGUGCCAAAGUUUUGGAAUACGACUUGCAACAAAAAGUCAAGCCAUACGUUUCCGAUUUGACGCCUUUGCCCUCAAUCUACUACCCAGACUUCAUCGCUGCCAACCAAAGCGAACGUGCUGACAACUUGAUCCCUGGUCAAGACAAGUGGGCCCAUGUCGAGCACUUGCGUAACGACAUUCGUUCAUUCAAGCAACAAAACGGUUUGGAUCAAGUUAUUGUUGUUUGGACUGCCAACACUGAACGUUACGCAGAUAUCAUCCCAGGUGUGAACGACACAGCUGAUAACUUGUUGGCUUCCAUCAAGUCAUCUCACUCUGAAGUCUCACCAAGUACCGUUUUCGCUGUCUCAUGUAUCUUGGAAGGUGUUCCAUUCGUCAAUGGUGCUCCCCAAAACACUUUUGUUCCUGGUGCAGUUGAAUUGGCCGAACGUCACAAGGCCUUCAUUGCCGGUGAUGAUCUCAAGACUGGUCAAACACGUUACAAGACUGCUGUUAUUGACUUCUUGGUCAAUGCCGGUAUCAAGCCUUUGAGCGUGGCAAGUUACAACCAUUUGGGUAACAACGAUGGUCAUAACCUCAACGCACCUGCUCAAUUCCGUUCCAAGGAAAUCUCCAAGAGUUCCGUUAUUGAUGACGCAGUCGAUGCAUCUCACUUGCUCUUCCCCCGCAAACAAGGAAAGGAUGGCAAGGUUACCGUUGACAAGCCAGCCCACUGUGUCGUGAUCAAAUACAUGCCUCCAGUUGGUGAUCAAAAGGUUGCCAUUGAUGAUUUCACAUCUGAAUUGGCAAUGGGUGGCCGUAACACCAUUUACACUGUGAACCAAUGUGCUGAUUCUACAUUGGCUUCCCCCAUCAUUUUGGAUUUGGCCAUCUUGGCAGAAUUCAUGACCCGUAUCAGUUAUGCUAAGCCAGACAAUGUUGCUCAAAGCAAUGCUGAACAAUACUCGGGCUUGUAUUCGAUCUUGUCUUUGUUGUCUUACAGCUUAAAGGCACCUUUGGCCAAGCCAGGUACUGAUGUCGUCAACUCUCUCACCCGUCAACGUGCCGCUGUGACCAACUUCUUGCGUGCUUUGGUCGGUUUGGCACCUGAGAGUGAUUUGAUGCUCGAACGUCGUAUCUGGUAAAUGUGACCAGCGACCAGCUUUUGUUCCUUUCUAUUUUCUUGCGAUUCUUUCUUCUUGACCCAUUAUGAGGAUGCAUUAUGAGCAUUACACUUUAUGAUGUAUUGUUUGCCAGACAGUAUUUCAUAUCUGUUCUUUGCUUGUCUUGUAUCUAUGACUUAUGUUUUCCAAUUUUAUUUCUUCUUCGCCCCC